CCGCCUAUCAAAGGCACGUGCUCCGCCGGACCAGCGCAGAAAUUCCGACUGCGAACAAGGAAACGCAACGAUGCGUGCUUUCCUCGUAGGGCUGCUCCCCUUGGCUGCCGCCCACGAUUGCCCCCAGACGGUGUCGACGCCUGAGGCGCUCAAGGGCGCCAUUAAAGAUGGUGCGCACAUCGAGGUUGCCAGCGACAUGGUGAUCAAUGAAGAAAUAGUCAUCCCCGCCGGCUACGACGUCGAAAUCAUGUCAAAAAACCGUGCGAUUCUCAUUGCGACCAGCGCGGCUUCACAUUUUCGCAUUGACGGGAAGCUACGCCUCGAGAACCUGGUGUUGACCAAUGGCUCUGCCUCGUACAAUUUCUGUUCGUAUAAUGACGAUGGGACGGGCGAUAGUUGCGGUGGCGGUGCGCUGCACGUUGAUGAGGACGCGAAGUUAGUUUUGGUGGAUUGCGUGAUCGCGAACUCGACUGCACGCUACGGCGGCGGCCUGUACGCGUACAAAUCCGACGUCGAAAUCUACGGGACAACCUUUGAAGGAAAUCAGAUUCUAUCUGAGGCAGGCGGCGCGAUCUACACGCAGUGGCACAAGUCGCUUAAAAUUGUUGACUCAAAAUUUGUCUCAAACACGGCCCCCAAGGCGGGGGGCUUGUUUCUGGGCGGCGACACAGAGAUCUCUGGGACGCAAUUUGUCGGAAACAAGGCUGCAUGUCUUAGUGGGGAUGUACACGGGACAUAUAUGUGCUGGGGAGGAGAGGGCGGCGGGAUCUGGCUGCACUCGGGCGUGGCGACCGUCUCAGGAUCCACGUUCGUCAACAAUGAAGCGUCAAAGGAUGGUCCAGCCAUCCACGUCUAUGCUGCGACUAGUGCCCUGACCGUUGUAUCCACGACGUUCCAGGGCAACAUUGCCAACGGGACCUCAGCGGAUAUAUCCUACGCAAUUCUCACUGCAGGGCCACCGGUGAUCGACUGCGAGGCUUCCUGCGACAAUCUUGGCGGUGGGACCUGUGCCCCCGUCGACUGCAUCGGGUGUCCCAAAGGCGACGGUCCCUGCGAUGGAGCGACGUGCUCUUGCUACAGCUGCGACUGUUUACACCCGUCACUUCCGACCCCUCAGCCCACCGGGCCGUCGCCAUCACCGACUGCCUCGUUAUCAAGUUCGCCGUGGUGGCAAUCAUCAUGCGGCGGUACCGAUUUUGCGGCGCGCAUCGCCGCGUCGCCGCUCGCAGUUGCGGCGGUCCUCGUGAUAGCCCUGGCGAAUGUUGCCGCGGCAUCGCGAGGGUAGGGGGCACGCAAUCCGCUCCGAGUCUGAGUCGGCGGCAUGUAUUGGAGUCUCCGCUUCAAAGGUACUAAAAAUGCGGAGCCCUAGGCCGACUCAAGUAAAUCAAUCAAUUAAGCCCA